UCUUCUAACGUCGGCAAGGUCGUAAUGGGAUCUCGGAUAUGACGAGUGAAACUAUCUUGCAUAAACUGUCGCGGUGACGAAUUAUCACGUAUCGACGUAGUCUAUAUUUAAAGACGUAUUUUAUACACGUUAUAGCGGAGAGAUUAUUGCUUCUCAAGACGUAACGGUGUCUCAACGCGAAGCGUUGUAUGUCUGUCGUAAACUCGACGUAAUUGUGAUAUCACACGAUGUCGCGCAGAACGUUGCGUCAAGCCGUGCGUACGAAAAUUGCGAGCGCUUUUCGAAUCAUCCUCCUAAAGAAGAGCCGACGAUUAAUUGUUAGCGAAUGACUCGUCUAUAUUUACCGCGCGCGAUGUAUCGUCCGGGCAUCAAUUACUCACUGUGUGGCGCGACACAGGGGAGUCAAACGCGCGCGCGUCAAACAAUACUAAUAGUCCGUGGUAGUUUACCCGCUCGACGCACGUGCGACGUCGAUAAUUUACGGAUGCGUAAUAGACUUGGUGCGUGCGACGAACGCUCGCGCGACGAGCGAAUUGUCUUUCGGAGUGCAGGCGAAACUUGGUCGCGACGCAAAGGGCGUAACAACCGCGACGUUACCUGGAUCGCGGCUGCUAUCAUCUCUCUCGGCUGUCGAGGUUUCCGUUUCCGUCGCUUCCCCAAUACCGGGACGAUACAUUAUUACGACGCGGUGUUCGCGGUAUUGGAACGCGCCCGCGACGUGUAAAAAGCUCGCUAAUUGUGCGCUCGCGUGCAAACAAGCAAGCGGCUUUACGAAUGACAAUUCUCGUAUUUGCCGUAAAUAACGGUUAUAUUAAUUGCAAUAAAUGAGCGGUACGCGAUAUUGUUACUCAAUUGCCGUUACUUCCCGGCUCGAUUUCCGCGUGAAACGCGCGACACCACCCACCGCCGUUAGUUCGAUUGACUGAAUGAAACGAUGGAAAUGUUAAUGUCGAUAAGUGGCGCUUUCGCGCGGCGACGAGAAAAUACCAACGUACCAACGCGCGAAAUGUAUAUUAAUAGCUUCGAUGCUGUGAAUAAUAUCGACGAUGAGGUAUCGUUAAUGAGCGCGUACGUGCGAUAAUGAUCGAAUUUUUCACGUCGUAAUCGCAUUCAAAUUAAGACUCGCAAUUUUCCGUGCCAAUCUGCGGCUUCCACCAAUGGAUCGCGGCCAAAAUACGUUUGAUUAACGCGAUUGGAUCAGCUGCUUUCUGUUUAAUACAACAAGCGGAUCAAGAGAGAGCUGGUUUAAUCACGAUCAGUUCGUUUGAAUACGAGAAUAUUCUAACAUUUUUGCUUCUUCCAGUGCCAUCGUAAGAGAAAAAGAAAAGCAAAGAAAAAGAUAUCGAAAGAGGGACCAACGCGGCUCGUAAAUUGGCGGUUAAAUAAAAAUUCGCGUGACAUUAGACGCGACGACACGCACGGGUCUAGAACUGAGCUCCACGCGAGAGAGAGAGAGAGAGAGAGAGUUUUCCUCGAGCAGGACUUUGACUCGUUGCUGCAGUGCAGUGCACACCGAACGAUUGAGUAAUCGUGUAGCGUCGCGACAAGCUGCGCGCGCGCGCGCUAUUAUUAGGGUAUAGCGCGUGACGCGCGCUUCCACGCGAGAAAAGAUUGUAGCGAGAACGCCCGCCGACCAAGAGAGAGAAAGAGAGAGUUCGCCGUUUUAUUAAUAUAAUAAACCGUUUUUGAGGCGGACUGAAUCACCUCGUCUGGAUCGCACUCGCCGGUCGGCAUCCCGACGCAAUUGGAAUAAUCGCGCGUGUCUGCCGGCGUACGUGCAUCGUUGACCGCGAUGCGUACGCAACACGUGUGCAACGACGCGAGUCUAAUGGCUCGUGACGUGCGAUCGCGGAUAUCUGCUCGCUGACCGGGCCGAUCUGACGCUCGAACUUUAACCCCUCCGCGGCUGCUCGCGAGACACAAGAGAGUUCCCCGAUUUAAUUAUCGCGAUUCGCCCGGUGUCGGUUGCGAUCAAUUCAUCGUUGCUAAGUCGAUUAAACUCGAGCGGGUAAAUUGGUGGCGACUCUUGUUUUUUUUUUGUUCUCGUUUCUUUCGGUGUCCCCCGAUCGUUCGUGCGAAGACAGAACUCGGGGAAUUGCGUCGCAAGUGCAAUCUGUUUUAGCCGCCGUUGCCCACCGAUGAUACGCUGCUGUCUGCUAUCGAUUACGUCCCGACGCGAUAUUACACUCGAGAGAUAUCUCACGGCUAACGGGAAUUUCGAUCUAAUGAGCGGUAUUAAAGAAUAAAGAUUGACGGAAUUCGCCGUUGGGCGUACAGACAUUAGAUGAUCGUUUAUUUUCAGAGUGGCGAAAGUAAGUUCGGGUUCGUUAUAAAUUUCGCCGAGAUGCGGAUAUAAAAUCGGACGUAUUGUAUCCGUCGAAGCACUGGACUUUCGGAUUCGCGAGUACUUCGAAAAUAAACAACUCGCGGCCGUAAAAACGUGCCGCGCGCGAGCUCGAGAAAAGAAAAGUGCCGAAGUGUCCUGCGUGAUUCGACAUGCACAUAUGUACGACGCGCCCCGUAUGAACUUAUCGGGCGCAGGUCGAACCCAUGAAAUUAUUGCGCGCGGCGCCGCCCACAUCCUCAUGAAUAAUGCACGUGGCCGAUGGCGCGAGCGGAACGGAAGCUUUUACCUCGACGGAAAUAUACGUUGGAUAGGUAGCGCGUCGUCCGUGGAGCAGAAGAACGGCAAUGGCAACGUCAAGGGCAACAAGACGAACAAUAAUGGUGUCGAGGUGAACAGAAACGAGGACCAGAAUGGCAGUGUUGACGCCAAGGGACAAGCGAGGAAGAAACCAAACGCUCCCGGGGGCGGACCUUUGUUGCAACAGGCAGAGGUAUCCACCAGCCAGCUAGAUUUCUUCAAGAUGCUCGACGAGAAAAUCGAGAAUGGGCCAGAUUACGACGAGAGCCUCGACACGAGCAACAGAGCCGAGCGAGUGUCCAGCCUGCUUCGGCGUUGGGAACUCGCCAGUGUCACCUGGUCCAGCGUCUCCGAUCUGAACAGCACCUGUUCGCCGUCUAAUCAGAAGAGCCGUACGUCCGUGUUGAGCAGCUCCAGACAAAGUCUAAGCGCCACGGACCGGGAAGGCAUGAGGAACAUAGUGGGCGGCAGGCCGGAGAGCGCGCCCAUCUAUGUGCGAAAUGCGAAUCGCAUGGACGGCUUGCAGGACAGCCAUUGUCCAUCGCCGAAUAUGCCGCGGCACGUGCUCGAAUCCAUCAGCCAGAGCCCGACGCAGAGCGUGAAGAAUUCGGCGACGCCGCCGGGAUGCGCGUCACCCAUCAUCGGCUCGUGUUACCAUCAGGACGAUUACGGCAAGGAGUCCCCGGCCGAGCAACGACACCAACAACACAAGAAAAUUUCCUCCCCGUAUGCCGUUCAGAAUCCGGUGAAUGGCGAAUACGUGACGCAGCAGGCGCUCUAUCGCGAGCAGUACCUGCAACAGACCGGCAUAAUCACCGUGACACCUCAGUACUCGGCCGGCGGGCCCGGCGGCAACGUUCUCAGGAACAACCCGUACGUUCAGCACUUCCAGAUCGCCAAUACCCAGCACCCCUUUUCCGCGCCGAGAAGGCGCGGUUUUAACGCCGCGCAAAUGACGUGACCGGGAUGGGAGCGAUCGGCGAGAUAAGACUGAACUCUACGAGAGCCACCGGCCCGUCGAAGAGCCACGAGAGAGAAAGACGAGGAGAGCUUCCUGGGCCUGGUGAUGGGAAGAGAGGAAGAAAGAUGAAAAGGAAGAGAUCAAUUCGGCGGCAAUGACUGCGACGCGAAUAGUGUUCCUAAAGAAGGUCUCGCGCACUUCGGAGUUUUUUCCUCGAUUUGUUUGACAAGAAUCGAGGAAGACGGAAGUGCGCGAAAUCUGACGAAGGGCCUACGAAGAUUGAUCCGGUGGUCGAAGGAGGAACGAGGAGAUGAGCGCGCGCGACAGAGAUUCUUCACUGUAAUAAGUGCCAAAAUGCAAUCUGAGGUAUCGCGCGAGAAUUGAGAGGGGAGAGAAUUUCUCGUACGUCCUCUCCGCGCAAAUACGGUACUCCGUUCUACAUGAUCAUCCCGCGAGGAAACUUGCGACUCGAUGCGUUACGCUCGUUUCUAAUUCCCCCUCCCCCCUUUUUCUUUCCAAUCGGUAGCGUCUCCACCCACUACACCGACGAAAAGGACAGGACAGAAACAGACGCGAGCGCGGAUUCCGCCGUAGCGUUUUGUAUAAUUGUAUUAGAGAUGUGUGCGGGGAGUGUAUAUGUACGUAUGUAUGUAUGUAUGAAAGAGAAUACGUAUGUGUCUGAAAUGAACAAAAAAGGAAAGAUCGAAAUUAAGAUUCUUGAUCGUACGCCGUGUAUAGAUUCGCUGUACGUAUUGUAUGGAUACACUUAACUUAAUGUGAUGACUGUAUAUUUAUAUGUUGACCAUGUUUAAAAGUUAACGAUAUAUAAUAGUUGAUGAUGAGAGUUUUAUAUUUCAUGUUACGAUUACGCUCUAUAUACUAUGGAAUACACAUAAUCAAAUUCGCUGCAUCACUCUCGAACUGUCGAUCUAUACUUUUUGUUCUGUUGAACACGAUCCUCUUUUUUUACAAAUAAAUUCAUAAUUUCUCCCUAA